UUAUAUGAAUUGCUUUUUAUGGAAAAUCAAUUCAACUUUAUUUGGUUUUAAAAAAAUUGGCAGCUCAAUUGCAAUCAUUUUUUUAUGUUAAUAUCUAUAAUCGACAAAUAUAUUCAAUAUAUUAAUUUGAUAAAUGCUUUAAUUAUUCACUCAAGAAAAAAAUGUUCGUACCGAAUAUUCGAAGACAACCUUUGUACAUAUUCAUCUUGUGUCAAAUCAUCUUUUUCAUAUUGUAUUAUACAUUUCAAAAUCCGAAUUGCAUUUUUAGCCCAAAACCUGAUUAUGAAUGGAUCUCAUCCGAAAAGUAUGUUUCCAUCGAUGGAAAACAAAAACAUCUUUAUGAUCACAAUAUGCCACUGAUAUUUAUCGGUGGUAUGCCUCGAAGCGGUACAACACUAUUAAGAGUUUUAUUGGAUGCCCAUCCAGACAUUCGUUGUGGUGAAGAAACUCGAGUCAUUCCACGAAUACUCAGCAAUCGUCAAUCGUGGUUGAAAGCACCAUUCGAGUCGAAACGAUUACAAGAAGCUGGUAUCACUACCGAGGUUCUUGAUUCAGCGAUACGGGCAUUUAUUUUAGAAAUCAUUGUUCGACAUGGAAAACCAGCUUCACGCCUUUGUAACAAAGAUCCUUUUACACUUCGUUCAGCCACUUAUUUGCAGUAUCUUUUUCCAAAUUCCAAAUUUAUUUUUAUGGUUCGUGAUGGUCGAGCAGUUGUUCAUUCCAUCAUAUCACGUAAAGUCACGAUCUCCGGUUUCGAUUUGAAUGAUUAUCGAGAUUGUUUAAAAAAAUGGAACACAGCCAUGACUCAUAUGUAUGAACAAUGCAACAAAUUGGGACCAGAAAAAUGUUUUCAUGUCUACUAUGAACAACUUGUGUUGAAUCCCACAAAAUGGAUGCAUAAGAUAUUGGAUUUUCUUGAUGUUCCAUGGAACAGCACCGUAUUACAUCAUGAAAAAUUAGUUGAAAUGGGUGAUAUUUCUCUUUCCAAGCUUGAAAGAUCUACUGAUCAAGUGAUUAAACCUAUCAAUUUAGAAGCUCUAUCAAAAUGGGUUGGCCACAUACCAGAUGAUGUUGUGGCCAAUAUGCACAAGAUUGCACCUAUGUUGAAAAAAUUGGGAUACGAUCCAUUCGCUAAUCCACCUAAUUAUGGUGAACCAGACCCAUUAGUAAAAGAAAAAAUGGAUGAAUUGGACAAGAACAAACAGCAUUGGGAUAAUGUACAAAAACAUGUCGUUGAAUUACGAAAUGAAAUCCGACAGCAUAUCAUAAACAAGAGCUCUUCUCAUCAUCAUCAAUCAAUGAUUCAGCAACAACAAAAACAUUUAAACGAAGACAACAAAUCAUCAAAUUCUAGAUGAUAAAAGAAUCGGCAGCUAAAUAAAUUACCUCAGCCAAAACAAAACAAUUACAUCUAGCUUCAAAAAAAAAAAAAAAAAAAAUUCUAUUCCCAAAUAGUGAUUCUUUGGGUUCGUCUUUGUAUACAGCAAACAUUUUUUUUCACUGAUAUUGGUGCCGUCAUAUUAUGAAUUGAUUGUUUUUUCUAUUUAUUAUUUUUUAUUUACAUUGUUGAUUUAUCAAUAUUCCUCAAUUACCUAAUAAAUAAUGAUAUAAUA